AUGCCCGAACAAAGCGCCCGCCUUGACUACGAUAUUAUCAUUAUCGGAGCUGGCAUCUCCGGGAUCAAUUUUGCGUACAGACUGCAGGAGAGUCAUCCGGACUUGAGCUAUUGCAUUCUGGAGGAACGGCAUGAAAUUGGUGGAACAUGGAGCUUGUUCCAGUAUCCAGGGAUUCGGUCCGACUCGGAUCUAUUUACGUUUGGUUUUGCAUGGCGUCCCUGGACUCAGAAGCACUCGAUCGCCCACGGGUCGUUGAUCCGCGAGUAUCUCCAAGAGUCAGCCAAGCAGGAAGGAAUCAACCGGAAGAUCAAGUUCCGGCAUCGGGUGCAGCGAAUGGAAUGGUCGACUUGUAGGAAGGCCUGGACGGUGCAUGUUUCUACAGACGAUGCGGCCACCGUGGCUCUACGCACCCGGUUCAUCAUGAUGGCCACCGGCUACUACGACUAUCAUGAGCCGCUGGAGGCCGAAAUCCCCGGGAUCAAGCGAUUCCAGGGACCAGUCCUCCACCCGCAGUUCUGGCCCUCCGACCUGGAUUACACCAGCAAGGACAUCGUCAUCAUCGGCUCCGGCGCCACGGCCAUCACCCUGCUGCCGUCACUGGCGGAGAAAGCGUCCAGUGUGACGAUGCUGCAACGCUCCCCUGGUUAUGUCCUAUCUGUUCCCAGGGAAGACACCGUCGAGAAACUGAUUCGAUGGAUCUGCUCCGCACAGCUGGCAGCCAGCCUCAUCCGGUUCAAAUGGAUCAUCACUCGCGAAGCGUUAUGUCUCGAUAUCACCCGCAGGGAACUUCCCCAGGAGGUGCCUCUAGACCCCCAUUUCACACCCAGAUACAACCCCUGGGAGCAACGCAUGUGCAUGUGUCCCGACGGGGACUUUUUCGAAUGCCUCCGGAAUGGGAGCGGCAGCGUGGCCACCGGGGUGAUCGAGUCGGUGACGGAGAGGGGCAUUCAGCUGCAAUCCGGGGCCGAACUCAAAGCCGAUAUCAUCGUCACGGCCACCGGACUGAGGAUGAACAUUGCGGGGGGCAUCCAGAUCAUGGUCGACGGAGUCCCGUUUGCGCUUCCGGACCAUUACAUGUGGAAAUGCAGUAUGGUCGAUAGGUUGCCGAAUGUGGUGUUUGCUCUGGGAUAUGUCGAUGCGAGCUGGACUUUGGGUGCUGAUGCAACCGCGCAGCUUAGCUGUCGGAUAUUGACGCAAAUGCGGGAGGAAGGGCUGAGCAUUGUCUCUCCGUGCUGUAGUGAGGAAGAGCAGAACGAGAUGCAGGAACUGCCGUUCCUGAACCUGAACGCUACGUAUGUCAGGAAGGGUCGUUCGGCGUUUCCGAAAGUUGGGGACAGGCCGCAGUGGGCUCCUCGGUCGUACUAUUGGAAGGACCUUGUACGGGCGUGGUGGGGAGAUAUACGGACAGGAUUGGAAUGGUCAGAAUAG